AUGACCAUUCCCGAGGGAGUUUUCACCAUCGGUUUGUCAGGUGGCUCAUUGGCUAAAUUCCUCGGUAAAGGUUUACCAUCCAUCAACACGAGCUGGGAUAAGUGGUCCCUGUUCUUCUGCGAUGAGCGUGUUGUUCCCUUCGACCACGACGACUCAACGUUUAAGGUCUACAAGGGACUCAUUGAGAGUACUCCCUUGAAAGCAGAACAGUUUGUGGUUAUUAAUCCAAGUCUUGAAGCUGAAGCUGCAGCAAAGGAUUACGAGGCAAAGGUGCGAGCAAAGUUCCCCAAUGUGGAGUGGCCAACGUUCGACCUCCUGCUGUUGGGCAUGGGACCUGACGGGCAUACAGCUUCUCUCUUUCCUGGCCAUGCACUGCUGAGGGAGGACAAACUGUGGAUCGCACCCAUCAGCGACUCCCCAAAGCCGCCACCUUGCCGCGUCACUAUGACUUUCCCUGUGAUCAACAAAGCACGCUGUUGCAUAUUUGCAAUGGCUGGCCAAGGAAAAGCAGACAUGGUAAAGCGUAUUCUGGGAGAUGGAGAAGCACUGCCGUCCGGAAUGGUCAAACCUAUUAAUGGAGAACUCAUUUGGAUAUUAGACGAAGGAGCCGCAUCUAAACUCUAGGAGGUCGGGUCAGAUGGUGACCUGUGAGAGGAAAAUGGUAUAUGGUUCCUUUUUGAUCUCUUCAUUAGUGGAUAGUCUCUCUCUCUCUCUCUCUCUCUCUCUCUCUCUCUCUCUCUCUCUCUCUCUCUCUCUCUCUCUCUCUCUCUCUCUCUCUCUCUCUCUCUCUCUCUUCUUUUUUUUAUGUGUACUUUGAAUGAAAUGUUUGAUUUGUUCUUCUUUGUCAAGAGAGAAUUAUUUGUAUCAGUUUUCUUAUAUACAUUCCAUUUUAGAAGGGGUAAGUAAUGGUAAGGAUUAAAUAAUUUUAAAGUUAUUAUAAUAUAUAAUGUACUUUUUUUUUUCUUUCUUUCUUUUUUGUAUCAAUGCUCUUUGCAGGGACCACAUUUAAAGCAGAAUUUGUACUGGAACGCUAUAUGUGACCUUUAUUCAGAUGUUUAAUUAACCUGUUUAAUUAGAAAAUUAAAUAUGUGAUAGCAUUGCCUUUUGCUGAUAUUGGAAUAAUUACACCUAAGAGUAAAAGACAAAAUGUAAUACUAGAAAAUUAUAUUUUUUUCAUGUAAAGAUUAGUGAUUUUGGUCAUGAAAUUCAGUUAUUUGAGGUUGUUUUUCUUAUAAUAUUGCAGCUACAUAUUUAUUGUUACAUGAUUAUUAGUAAUACUCAUACAAUUGUAUUUUAUUUUUGUUGUAUAUAUAAUUUUUUCAGAUUUUUAGUUGGGUAAAUGGUGCUUUAAAUUUCUCACAUUUUAUGCAAAUCUAUUAUUUUUUCUUUCUUUCUUUCUUUUUUUUAUGUGUGCAAUUUAUGUUGAACAAACAGAACAGCAGAGGGAAGAAAACACAAAUAUGCCAAAAGCCUUUUCACUGUAUUACCCAGAAGCAGCAAUUCAGCGGAAAGACCUUGGCCAUAUUCACGCGUUUUCUUGUUCUUCCCCUUUGGUCUUUUUCAUUUUAUGUAGCCAUAAAAACAUUCAGCUGUUCAUAUUGUUGUAAAGGUACACUGUAUCAUAUAUCUUGUUAUGCACGAGUUGAACAAUUUAGAAUACUGAGGAAGAAAAGCAUGACAUAAAUAUAUAUAUUUAUAGUUAUUGUCUUGGUUGUUUGUUUGUUUUUCCUUUGCUGUAUGGGCAAGAGGCAGAUCUUUUCCCUGUAUCAAAAAGGUGCUGGUGUUGGUACACAACAAUUGGCCUGAGACAGACUGUUUUGUACUUUUUAUUUUUCAUAAAUUGAGAAUUAAA